AUGGAACCCUCCUCCGUCGCCGACAAUUCAGAGCCCGCAGACACACAGCAAACUGAGCAGGCAGCGCCAAGCACUCCCCGGCCUGCGCCAGAGACGCAGGAAUCGCAGCUACAUCAGGCGACGAACACCCCAGGUCGCGCUCGGAACGACACGCUGCUCAAUGACCCCACUUGGUGGGGAAAUAACCUCCCGUCGCCAAGUGACAGCUAUGACGAGGAUGAAGACCUUGGCGUAGGCGAGGAGGUGGCAGACGCCGCCCCACCUGGGACGCAAGAAGAGCAACCCGCCAAUGCAUCGAACGCCAGAGAUGACGGACAGCCAGGCACGUCUUGUCGUUCUGACGCCAGGACCACGUGUUGGCAACCUGAGGAGGAGUGGGAGCUGAUUUGCGCCCGCUGGGAUCUCGACGACCGCAUCCGCGCUCAGACCGGUCAGCAGGGGCGCUCAUGGUAUGUCACGAUGCAUCGCGAGCUCGUGGCGCGUCUUCCUGAGUGGCGUCACGACGCCAAUGCGAUUAAGGCGAAGAUCAACCGUAUGCGGGACACCUACUUGCGCUGGCGGGAUAAGGGCGUCCGACGCUCCCGCGGCCCCAGCCCCGCGUCCUGCCGCAGUGCCACGCCGCCGCGGCUUUACGCCGCUUUUCGGAUUGGGUCCUCCAGCGCGGGUGACGGAAACGACUUCUCAGGCGCCGGCAGCUGGACAGCCCACGCCUACUGCUCCGGCAUCUCUGACGGGCUCGCCAGUAAUGCCCGCGCCUCUUGCGACGCCGUUACCACGUUCAGCUCCGACCACGCCUUCGCCUGCAUCUCCAGCUCCUCGUGCUCCGCCGUCCGCGCCACUGGGGCCAGCUACAGCUCCCCCGUCAGCGACGGCACCUCGUUCCCCGCUGACGCUGCCAACCGCGCCUCUUGCGACGCCGCCGACCUCGCCUCUUGCGACGCCGCCGACCGCGCCUUCUCCUCUGUCGCCUGA